AUGGCUGAAAUUUUGAUGAAAACAAGCUUAGUUUCUUCUUGGCACGGAAACAGAAAUCAACAACUUCAAAGGGCUUCCAUGGUUCCAUCUUUGAAGUUGAAAUCUCAGUUUCUCAGAUCUUCUUUUUCUUCAUCUGAGUUUCAUGGCAAAAAACCUCUCUUUCGUGUAUAUAGAUCAAUACCCAAAAGGAUCAAUUCACAGUUUUCAGUUUCUGCUGCUCCUAAGAUGACACUUAGAAUAGGGAAAGCUCAGAAAUGGUGGGAAAAGGGUCUUCAACCUAACAUGAGAGAGGUGACUUCAGCACAAGAUCUUGUAGAUUCACUUUUAAACGCAGGGGACAAGCUUGUGAUUGUUGAUUUUUUCUCUCCUGGUUGUGGUGGCUGCAAAGCCCUUCAUCCUAAGAUAUGUCAAUUUGCAGAGAUGAAUCCUGAUGUUGAGUUCCUACAAGUGAACUAUGAAGAGCAUAAAUCCAUGUGUUACAGCCUUAGUGUUCAUGUUCUUCCUUUCUUCCGGUUCUAUAGAGGCGCUCAGGGUCGUGUAUGCAGCUUUAGCUGCACCAAUGCCACGAUCAAGAAGUUUAGAGAUGCAUUGGCCAAACACACUCCAGAUAGAUGCAGCUUGGGGCCAACCAAAGGGUUAGAGGAGAAAGAGCUCAUAGCUCUAUCUGAAAACAAAGAUCUUUCCUUUACAUACACGCCUCAACCUCUGCAUACCCCUGAAGAGUCCAGGACCGAAGCUGUCCCUGCGAGUUCUGAGUCGCUUCCUUUACAUUCAUUGACAUCAAACUCUGAAGUAUUGGAGAGAACCCUAACCAGUGCUGGGAGAUGA